AGCAUUGAAUGUGUUCGAGCUCCUUCACUUUGAAAAAGUUUGGCUGUUUGGAGUCUAUUUCAGGGACUUUCUUAGGAGUGAUGAGUCCUGAGAAGGGAUUUCGUACAUCUGACUGGAAAAAUACUCUUUUAUUGCCCUCAUCUACACAAAGAACCACAUAUUAAAAUCAGCUCGUGGAGAUGUGACUACAGAAGCUGAUCUCUCUCGCUCCCACACAAACACACAGAAACGCACACAUGGAGGUGCAGGGUUGAGGUGUGACAGCAGUGUGUGUUGAUGGCUGGAUGUAGGGGUCAAAUGGUGUGUUAAAGGCACCAUGGGGAGCUGCUAUAGCUGUCCCGAGAAAGAGAUCAUCCCUGACAACCACCACAAUAAAUUCAAGGUGAUAAAUGUGGAUGACGAUGGUAAUGAACUGGGCUCGGGCGUGAUGGAGUUAACUGAGGAAGAGCUCAUUCUGCACACGUGCAAACGCGACGCUGUGAAGUGGCCCUACCUCUGCCUGCGUCGCUAUGGCUACGACUCAAACCUUUUCUCUUUUGAGAGCGGCCGGCGCUGCCAAACUGGUCAAGGUAUAUUUGCAUUUAAGUGUGGGCGAGCUGAGGAGAUCUUCAACCUGCUGCAGAACAUCAUGCACAGCAACAGCAUCAGUGUUGUGGAGGAACCAGUGCUGGAGCCAGAGCUUCCAGUCACACCACACACUCCUACCACUCCUGGUUACUCUAUCCCAACGGCAGCUAACGGAAUCGGGCGUUACCCAUCGUUUGGCGACGCCUCGUCGCGGCCUUCGAGCCGGCACCCGUCAAUGGGCAGUGCUAGGUUACCGUCAGUGGGGGAGGAGUCAACACACCUGCUACUGCUCGAUGAUGAAACGGUGCAUACUUACGUCAACACGACGGGUCUGCAAGAUGAGCGACGCUGUCGCAGCAGUGGCCACGCCCCUCUGGAACUCCGGAAGUCCAGUUCAGAGAGCACAGUCCCGGCGUUGCCCAAUGAGGUCGAGCCGAGGGUGGUUUUGGAGCCAGAGAGUGCCAAGUUUGUGUUAGGCCCUACCCCUGUACAGCAACAAAUGCUGCUUAAAGGGAGUCAGCAAGAACUCUGUGAGCAGGAGUUAGGCACGGUUAGCUCUAGUGUAGAACACGUCGCCUCUCCUGCCAAAACUGUAAACGGCUGCGCGGGAACCGCGACAGACUGCGACACCGGUUACGACAGUGACGAGCACAAGGAGGCGUCGCACGAGCAUUACAACGGCGUAGCUCCUCCUACACGCAGCAGACCCCCAGUGCCUCUUCCCGAUGCCCACAAUGCCAAUAACUCCGCCCAGAGGCGGACCGCACUGCUCAACUAUGAGAACUUGCCGCCGUUGCCUCCUGUGUGGGAGACUCGCAAACCGUACAGCAAGGCAGACGAGGAACGCAGGUCACCCUCUCUCAACGGAUUCCACGUUCCACAUUCCCUCGACCCCCAGCACAACUACAUCAACACGGAGAACGUCACGGUGCCGCUCAGCGUGCACAACCUCCAAAGCUCCGGCGCUCAGCCUACAGUCUUCAACUUUGACCUCCAGAGACUCGGGGUGGGCGACCCGCACCGGCAGCUCAACUACAUUGAGGUGGAGAUGGACAAAGUAUCGGACUCCAGCGGGCCUCACACCCCCACCACGCCUUUACCGCCAACCCCCACGCGCCGGACAGAGCUGUACGCGGUUAUAGACAUCGCACGCACUGCCGCUAUGUCCAGCCUGCAGAAAGCACAGCCACGUGACGACGGCACAUCCAGGAAAACUCGACACAACAGCACGGACCUGCCCAUGUGACCUCACACUGAACGCUGCUGCAGUUCUUUUAUGAAUUUAGUAAAGUUGGUUUUGCUCCUCCCAAAAUGCAUGGGUGAAUCUCAUUAAAACAUAUCCGGGUCACAUUUCACCCGAGCAUUUAAAUAGCAUUUUUCAUGCCAGUUAAACAAUUUUGAUUUUUCAUUAAUUCAGCCGGACUUUGGGAAUUUUUUUUUUUUUAAUUUAUAAUUUUCCCCAAUUUUUCUCAGCGGUGAUUCUGAUUGAAAUAAUUUCAAGAAUUUAAAUAAGCCUAAAUAAAAAGCGUGAAUAAAUCCUUUUUGCAAUUUAAUAUUUUUUUUACAAUUUAAAAAGCUAAAAUGAAAAGGCAGCGCAAUAGAUACAACCAUUGUGAAUACAUUUUUUAAAUAAAUAUUUUUCCUAUUUAAAUAAGCAUAAAUGAAAGCAAAUACAAUACCAUAUGGCAAAUACCAUAGCAAAAAAAUACAUUUUAAUGCAUUUAUUUUAAUUUUUAUUUAAAUAAAAUUAUUAAAGGCGAUACAAUUAAUACUGCCAUCGUAAAUGGAUACUUUUUAAAUUAUAAUAUUUUUUUUUUCAACUUUAAUUAAUUCCGCCAUGAAUAUUCCUAAAGUUCCUUUAAUUUUGUGGAAAAUUAAUGAGAAUAAAAUUUUGCAUUUGUUUUUACAUAUUUAAUUUUAUUUUUGCAACGUGUGAAAUUUGACCAGGAUAUGUUCUUAAACAAGUGUAAUAAGAUUUACCUGCAUACGCUAUGCAAGUAUGCAUACUACAUUGUUUUACACACUAGUAAUGUACAUCUGUGCACAUGUACACUACGCAUGCACCCCCAGUAGUGAAAACACAUGAAGUGUGCGUUUAAGUCACGUGAGGUAACAGAAGGUACUGAAUGGGGUAAAACACAACACCGGUUUUCCAGACCUCAUUCACAAAUGCUGUGAUUUAUUAUAUAUAUUUUUCUAAAUAUCACUUACUCGAAGUAAUACACUCAUUGUGCACUUGAGAGCAAUAAACGAUGCUCACUACGGUAUUGUAGAAUCACACGGUACACUGCAGUCACUUUAUAUCUCAUUCUUACUCCAUAACCCGGGUGCUGGUGUCUCCGCCUGUGUUUCAGCUCUACACCUGCGCUGGACUCCAAUUGACGGCGUCUCUCAGAGCAGCUCUUGGUGACUUGUUGCAAAUGUCACGUUGAUCAUGGAAACACUAAGUGAGUUUUAGAUCAUCCAGUGCAUCGGCACGACGUUAGACUCCUCAUGAGGAUGUGAAUAAGUGUAUUUUGCUGUAUCAGGUGCUGCGUCUGCCUUCCUUUGCAUCACUGUGUCUUACAGGCAAAUGUGACAGCGUGAAUAUUCAUACGGUUUCCAAUCAAAGGUCAAAUCUGUUUACUCUAAUUGCAUCAUCAACAUCUUAUUUUCGACCCUUUUGGGAGAGUGCAAAUAGAGGAACAAACGAGUGCUUUUGAAGUAAUCGUAAAAAUCGAGAUCAUUCGCCAAAUCCUUUUUUUAUAGGACGCAUUGACUGAAAUAUCUCUCAUAUGAGUCGGGGAUGCAUUUAGUGUGAGAGGUUCAUUCCUGAGCGAGUGUGCCACAAUUUAUGGACAUUGUACAGCUACUAGUUUUCAUAUUUGCAUUUGAUAUAUUGGGUAUCGAUGAUCAGUUUAGUGAAAAUGUUUGUAUUUUUAAAACGAGACAAAAUAUUGUGUAUUUUCUGAUGUGUACACGGUUACAUCCUCUGCCAUCGGUGCCAACUGUUUUUGUAACAUGGCAAACAAUUAUUAAAAAACUGAUAAAUAUGUUUGUAUUCAGUUUCUGCACUCAAGCACGGAUCUUUCCUGUGUAAGGAAACAGAUUCAUGGAGAUUAUAAGUGUGUAGUUG